UCCCAGCCCUCCCCGCCGAGCGCACGACACAGGCGCGCGUCCCCGCAGCGCCGACACGCAUGCGCCCGGGCCCGCGCCCGCGAGGACGAUCGCUCAGCACGCGCGUGUCAGUGUGUGCGUGUGUGAGUGUUCUGUGACUGUGUGCGUGUGUGUGAAUGUGAGCGCGAUAGUGCGCGAGCGUGUUGCCAGUGCCAGUGUCAGUGACAUGUUGACAUGAUGACGAUGAUCAUGAUGCAGCGUCUGGACCAACAGCAACAGGCGUCCCCACCGACGGCCCCGCAGCAGCCCGGCUCGCCCGCGGCCUCGCCGACGGCGCCGGGCCCCGGACACCUGGUGCGCCACGGGGUGUACGCCGUGCCGGGGGCCGGCUCCCUGCUCGUGCGGCCCAUCGCCGUGCCCGUGGCGCCCAUCCACGACAAGAAGACGGCCGCCGACAUGGACACCGUCCAGGACGACGACGAGGACGAGCUGCGGAGACGCCUCAAGGACGACGUCAAGGCCACGUCGCUGGCCUCGCUCGCCGCGCUGCCUGUCGACCUGACGCGCCGGCCGCUGCUCGGGCUGCGGCAGCACCCCUGCGAGGACAGGCUCUCGCCCACCUCCUCCAUGGCGUCGUCCUCGGCCCCGGACGACGACCACAACCACCACCACCACCUCCACCUCAACAACAACCAUCACCACCACCACCAUCACCACCACCACCUGCACGCGAGCGUGGGCAAGCUCAGCCCGCGGCUGGGCGGCAGCAGUCCCCGCCUCAGCAGUCCACCCGGGUCCCGGUCCAACAGCCCCCACAGCCCGCGCAGCCCGCGGAGCCCCCACAGCCCGCGGAGCGCCAGGUCGCCGUCGCCGCCCUCCACCUGCCAGCCCAGCCCGCCGCCCUCGCACCAGAUCCGGCGCGGCCUCGCCUUUUCCGUCAAGAACAUCCUGGACCCCAACAUGUUCACCGGGCAGCAGAAGGAGCGCGCCGGGCUGAGCGGGCCGCUGGCGCACCUCGGCCUGGGCGGCCCGCUGGGGGCCAUGGGCGGCGCCCUGGGCGGUGCACUCGGCGGGCCGCUCGGCGCCUUUCCGCUGCUGGGAGGCGCGGCGGGCCCCGGCUGCUGGCGGCCGCACCUCGACACGGCCAGCCCGCACGACAGCUCGUCAGGCCGUGAUGGCGACGACGGCGAGGUGACGGGGGACGACGACGGCUGCAGCGACGUGGACCUCGAGUCGAGCGACGUCGGCGAGGACACGAAGGACGGCGAAGGCUCGCCGGGCAAGAAGAAGUCGUCGUCGUCGUCCGGCAGCGGCGCGUGCGGCUCCGGGGGUGGCGGCUCCGGGGGCGGCUCAUCCUCCAAGUCCUCCGGGGGCGGCAAGGCGCGCCGGGCGAGGACGGCCUUCACGUACGAGCAGCUGGUGGCCCUGGAGAACAAGUUCAAGACCACGCGGUACCUCUCCGUCUGCGAGAGGCUAAACCUCGCGCUGUCUCUCUCCCUCACCGAGACACAGGUGAAGAUCUGGUUCCAGAACCGGCGGACCAAGUGGAAGAAGCAGAACCCCGGCAUGGACGUCAACAGCCCGACGGAGCGGCAGCCGCCGCCCGGCCCGCACCACCAGGCCUUCUCGGGGGCCUUCCACCCGCACGCCGGCCUGCUGUACUCGUACCCCUACGGCUCUCAGGGCUACACCGGCCACCCCUACUUCCACCACCCGCUGGGCCACAGCUCGUGAGGGUCGUAAGGCAGCCCUCCACAGCUGGACCAUUUUGUCACGACCUACCGCCCCGCGACGGGGGAAAAAAAGUCGCGGGUUAAAGUUUUGGGCGGGCUGGCCUCUCGAGUGAACUUACGCAAAUCAGUAAAGGAAAGAAGAGGAAAGGUGCGCAAUGAUGGUGAAACGUUGUGCCGCCCUGGACGGUUCGAUCGAUAGACACCGUGCUUGACGUGAUGAGUUCUUGUGAUAUUUUUCAUUUGACGUGUGCGCUUCGACACGGCAAAUGAAGUGAACUCACAGUCGUGUGGCAGCUGUAGAUGUUGCUUUCUUGCUAUCGAUUAUUUGGAGCAGUGAAAUAAACAGAUGUUUAUUUCUGUACAGAUGUUAGUUGUAAAUAUAUUUGUUUUCAUAACGCACUGAUGUAUUUCGCCGUAAGAUAUGUCUGUGAAAAUUUGCAUUGCGGCAAAACUCUUGAUUGUUACCAAAAUGUUAUUAUUUGAUUAAUUCUUUACAAUUUUAUUUGACGGGACAUUGUUUUAGUUUCUGACAUUCCUGUCUGAAGGAGUUGUGAGAUUGUCGCGGAAGACUGUAUGAAAAGUAAACCUUCAGGUUCUUUUUUUUUAUGUAAAAAGAGAAGUCAGAGAAAAGACGGAGAGUUUAUAAACGAGGUGAAUAAAAGCUGUG